ACAAGGAAUUCAAUGAAGAAUUCGAUAUUUUAGUAACCACAUUCAACGAGUUCAAAACAUCUCUUACUGGAACCAACGGCUUAAUUAACGAAGUUGCCAAGACGUUAACCGACGUAAAAAAUAAGCAUUUUAUUAUAGAUGUUAAUAAUGAAUUAUAUGCAGAUCUCUCUAAAAGAAUAGAUGGAUUAACUGACCUCAAAACUAAUAUUUCACAAAUGGCUCUAACCGUCAUAGAAGACACACCGGAACCUGUAAUUGAUAUUGAUUUUAAAAAUCCUGAUAUUGCAUCCAAUUAUGGCGAUUGGGAUGAUAAAUCUAAAGUAAGGUACGCUGUUCAGUUAAGAAUGGAUGGAACUUAUUCAAAAUUCAGUGAGUGGACAGAACCACUGAAAGUAGAUGGAAAGGCGAACCCUACACUGCUAAUUCCCAGGGAUGAAAAAGGCAGAGAAAGACUUGUUUUUCGAAAGUUUAAUGAAGAAAAACCUCAGCUAGUAGGAAUUUUAAUAAAAUUUCAAACGGAACUUCGAGAUAUUGAUCGAGAUCUUUACGAUGCUGCAAGAAGCAAGGAUCAAACUAAACCAUUACAAUUUAUACCUAUUUUAUUGGAAGCUGGUGCAAAUAUGACUGCAGUUUUUGAAAGGAAAAGAAACAUUAUGCAUGCUGCAGCUGAAAGUGGAAACGUAAAGAUUGCUAUGCGGUUUCUUUUGGACGUAAAAAAAGAAUUAGUUAAUGCUGGCGAUGAAAAAGGGUAUACAGCGAUGCAUGUUGCUGCUAGUACUAAAAACGCCGGUUUCGUGAGAUUUUUACUUACCCAUGAUGCAAACGUAAAUGCCCAAACUAAUUUAGAUAAACUAACAGCGUUGCAUAUCGCAGCAAAAGAAGGUUACUUUAAAAUAGUUAGAAACUUACUUUCAAGCAAUAAAAUAGAAAUCAAUAAGCCAGAAAAAUCAGGAUACACACCUCUACAUUACGCUAUUCAAGGAAGACCAAAAACUCUUAAGUUGUUUCUUGAUAACGAUAAAAUUUCAGUAAACGCAAAGUCAGAUUUUGGCUUGACUCCUUUCCACUUGGCUGUUAUGAAAGGAAAUCGAAGAAUCUGUGAUGUUUUGUUAAGUAGUGGUAAAGUAGACGUAAACGCUGGAAAUAGAAACAACAUGACGUCUCUUCACUUUGCAGCAAUGGCCGGAAAUGUAGACAUGAUACAAUAUCUUCUAUCAGGAAAGAAUGAAGUCAAAGAAGUUAAUAUCAACGUAGUAACUUCUGAUAAUAAUUGAACACCCCUCUUUUCAGCUGUUUAUUUCAAACAAGAAAAUGCUGUCCUUGAAUUACUUAAGUACGAAAAGACUGACCUUACAAUACCUUCCAAGGAAAAUUACACACCACUGCAUCUUUCUGUUGCAACUGGUCAAAUGAAUGUUUUCGAUGAAUUAUUAAAGAAAGGCUCUAAUAUAGAAUCAUUA